GCAAUUGUAGGCGAAGAAGUUGACGCUAAAAGUAAAAGUAAUCUCCCUUAAUCCGUAAAAUGACUUCUGUUGACAUGCAUGUGGACGCUUAUUUGUCUCGCAUCGGGUUCUCUGGUUCCCCCUCGCGCAGCCUGCACGUGCUGCGGUCGGUGCACACCUGUCACCUGCUGUCCGUGCCCUUUGAGAACCUGACGGUGCACAGCGGGGGGCGCGUGCAGCUGGACCCGCCUCACCUGUAUGAGAAGCUCGUGCUGCAGCGCAGUGGGGGGUUCUGCUACGAGAAUAACUCCCUGUUUGCAUGGCUGCUGACCCAGAUGGGCUUCCAGGUGACCCUGCUCUCCGCCCAGGUGAAGAACAAAACGACGGGCUUCUACGGGCCUCCUUUUGACCACCUGGUUGUCAUGGUGACCCUGGACGGGCAGCACUGGCUCUGUGAUGUUGGGUUUGGGGGCCCGGGCUUCAGGACCCCCCUCUCGUUGGACACCAGGGGCCCCCAGGAGCAGGGACACAGAGUGUACCGCAUCACAGAGCAGAGGAAUGAAAGUUCAGGGAUGCUCUUCCUGGAGUGGCAGCAGGAGGAGAACAGAGGAGAAGAUGGAGACUGGACGGAGAUCUACAAGUUAACCCUGGACCCUCGUCGCAUGGAGGACUACGCCGAGAUGUGUCAGUUCCACCAGAGCUCUCCAUGCUCUCUCUUCUUCUGCAAGUCCCUGUGCACCAUCCUCACCCCCGAGGGGAGGCUCACCUACAUCGGCCGCAGACUGACCACCACCACGUUCCCAAAAGAGGGGUCUGUGCUGGAGACCUCCACCAGGGAUCUGCAGGACGACGAGAUACCCGGCGUUCUCAAGGACAAGUUUGGAAUUGUGCUCAAAUCUCCGCUCAUACCAAAGGAUGAGCCGAUGACACCACUUCCAGUCAUCUAUUGAUCUUCUUUACACCUUCAUAUAUGGGUGGAUUAUGAGCAGACAUGCAAAAGGCAUCUCCUUUGUGUCUCUGUGUAGUCAUUCUGUGUCUCUAUUAAGUAUAUCCAUGUAUGUGUG